AUGAGGAUGGCGGCGCUCCGCAGCGGGCUUCUAGACGUGUUAGUACACGGGGAAUGGCAUCGAUUGCUGGCCACGUUGGACCCGACGGCAAUCACACUACAGGCAAUCGAGGCCGAACAAGCCGGUGGUGACUUCGAGUCGGAGAAGCGGACGGUAAGAGUCGUCAAAUAUGACGGCAAUGGCCUUGGGGUCAGCAUCAAGGGCGGACGGGACAAUCACAUGCCGAUCAUUAUCAGUAAAAUCUUCAAAGGGAUGGCCGCCGACCAGACUGGGGAGCUUUUUGUUGGUGAUGCGAUAUUGGCGGUGAAUGGGGAGACGCUACAGGACGCCAGCCACGAUGAAGCGGUCCGAGCCCUGAAGCGAGCCGGAAGGGUGGUGGAUUUGCAUGUCCAAUACCGCAGAGAUGAGCUAUCGAGGCGCGAAAACGUCGUCGAACGCAUCGAAUGGGAUGACGAUCAAAGGGACCGGAUACGCGCCAUCGGCUUGAAAUUGGCGUACGUCUCCCGGGCUGGUUUUGACGCCGAUGCCGAGGGGCGGAUUUUCGAGAUGCGCAGCCCGUCCGGGCGGUACAGCUUGGCUUUUCGGUGUUCAUCUUCGGUGGAAGCUGACGCGUGGUUCGAGUCUAUUCAUAGCUGUACGCAGGCGCUGCUUACACAGGCUUUGGCUCAGGUAAAUCUCAUGUUGGGCGGGAACCCCCAGGUGAAAAUGAUGGGCUGGGCGUCGGAGCAGGUAGUGGAAGAGGGUAUGUCCGGGUGGCGGCCCGUCUUCAUCACGCUCACCCAAUCGGAGCUGCUCUUCUACGACGCCGUUCCGCAAAUGAAGGGCGAAUGGGCCGAACCUCGGAUAGCACAUCCGCUAGUGGCCACCAGGGUCGUUCAGACGACGUCCCGAACGGCCCCAGUUUUGAAAGGACUUUCGGACGUCAUCUCGCUGAGGUUACGGACUGGCACCCAAGAAGGCGUGCGCUCGCACAUUUUCCGCGUCGAGACCCAUGCGGAGUUGGCGCGGUGGGUGCGGUCGUUGGUGCUCGGGACGUAUGAGGCUUGCUCGGAGACGCAGCAGGUCUCCUGCCCCUGCCUUGUCCGAGGCGAGCCGGCCGAGCUCGUGCUCCACCUCGAGCAGGGCGUCUCCCUGCUCACCGAGGCCGGCGAGCUCCUCUGGGCGCAUCCGUUUGAGGCCAUACGAGCUACUGGUGACGACGGGGGCCGCUUCUUGUGGAUGGACUUCGGGAUGCCCGAGGGCGAGCAGGAAAUGGACCUGCUAACAUCCGCCAAGCCGGUCGUCUUCAUCCUCCAUUCAUUCCUCGCCACAAAAGUCUACCGUCUCGGCCUGUACGCC